GGAAGCCUAAAUUGAUGAGGCGAAAUGAGGAAGAACUGCUGCUCCUCAAGGUGCAAUUAAUUUAUUGAAUAUUAACGUGUUAAUUCUGGCCGAUUAAUCCCAUGAACAAAUGUGUGAAUGUUCACAGCCCUAACAUAAUGCAUAAGAAUCACCAGUUUAUAUAUUGAUCAUUUUGAAGAACAGAAGAAUUGUUAUGCUUUUUAAGACCAGGAUUUACUGUGCUUUUGUAUGAUUACAGGUUUACUUUAAACAACUUUCAAUUGAACAAUGUUUUAGCCCUGUUUCUGUAGCUUGAGGGUGUACUGAACAGGAUGCUGCAUGUGGUGACAGGUCAGGUCUACAUAUUUUGAGUCAGUUGAAACCAUUUCCUAAUAACUCACUUCCUUCUAGAAUGGAACGUUUCCCUUUUACUUGGGCUGUUUUUCUUCUUUUUAAAGCGUCAUGCGUUCAGGGGGACUUUGUGGAGCCUCUUGAAUCCGUCACCUUCUUGCGCUACUUGACAGAAUCUCAGACCCGGCUUCCAUGCCGUUAUAAAGAGGCAGAGGGGGAGAUAGUGGUGCAGGUUACCUGGCAGAAGGAGCUCCCAGAUGGCAACAGGGAGCAGGUCAUUACAGCCCACUUCACUGAUGGCAACACAGAAUUUGGGCGUUACUCCGGCCGGGUGAAGUUUGAGAGCAGCAACCCCACCGCCGACUCGGCUCUGUUGAUCCCCAUCACCGAGGACUCGGAUGAGGGCAGCUACAUCUGCCUCAUCUCCACCUUUCCCAAUGGAAACUUUGAGCGGCGCAUCGCGCUCACAGUCUGGAAUCCAGUGUCUCCAGUUCUUCUGAACGUGGAUUCAGUCUUUAACAGCUCAAACUUCUGUAACCUGACUGUGACCUGCAGCACAGAUCACUCCCACAUCAGCAGCUCCUUCACAUGUGGAAGUGAAUCCUGCAAACAAGAUGAUGGACAGCAGACAAACGUCACAAAACAAGAGAAUCUUCUCCAGGUCUACCUGUCUGAUGAUUCAGUCAUCUGUAACCAUAGCAACCACGUUAGCUGGGCGAACAGCACAGAGAAGAUUAGACUCAUUUGCCUUCUGAACGAUGCUUCUCCAGAAGUCGUCAGUCAUCAUCACAUUCUCAUCAGGAUUACUGUUGUCGUCCUCUCAGCUGCUGUUCUUUCUGCUUCUGUCUUCUUUUAUGUUUGGAAGAACAAAAGUAAGUCUGACUUUGAGCUGAGUUACAACAUGUAACAUGUCUCCAUAUGAUCAGGAUUUUUCUUGUUCUAGUCUAGUUAUUUUACAUUUAUUUUCGUUUCUCUUUUGGUUAAACCUUGAAUAAGAAUUAUUGCCAGUAGAUGGAGCAGUGGCGUGAGCAGGCGACUUUACAAUUGAAGCUCAGCGGUUAGAACCUUGCUUGGAUUCAUUGCUUUUUUUUGGUCCCAAAACAUCAUUUUAAGAUAAACAAGAACAAUAAAUGACAAAGCUAAUUAAACUUUUGAUAUAGGAGUUUUUUUUUGUUGUGUUUUUUGUAUCUUUAACAUCCACUUUGUUUGUGGCUCACAUUUAUUCUGUUUCAUUUCUUUUGUUUUUUACAUUAUUUCCAUUAUAAGUACACAGACAAUCACUAUAAUAAUAAUGUCUUAUUAUUCUGCUUUUGCUGUUUUGACUCAAAAAUACAACUUAACUCCUUUCUGUUCAUCACAAACUUCAGAGAGGAAUUGAGAAUUUGAGUUUGUGUUAAAACAGCUUGAAUAUGCUCACUGCUUUUGAGAAGACAAAAACUAUUUCUGAACAUAAGACUGAACUUACUUUUAACUGUGCAUGCGUUUAUCUUUAGCAGUUAUUGUUUCUGCAUUUAUUUUAGUUGGAAUUUGUAAUCAAACAUUUCUGUUUAAUAAAGUUUGUUGAA